CGUCUUCCCAUGCACUACAUGUACAUGCCCGACGUGUUACAGCAAAAGCUCCAGCAAUUCGUAAUACCUUCGGAUGCUGAGUUAAGUCAUACACGGCGCACUUGAUUUCUUUUUUUCACUCCCCAUACUGAACAACAAUCUCCGCGCGAAUAUUAAAUUGGGGCCUGAAUGAAAUAACGCAGCGCGCAUCUUUGACGUCAUCAUUCUGCAGCACCGAGUGAAUUCAUCAUUAUAAUUAUUUUUCGGUUCUCUGUGUCGUCUUAUCUACUGCCACUUGCUCAAGAUGAGGAGAAGACCGCGUUGAGACGUGGAUAUUAUUUUGAUCAUCUAGCCUGACUUGUGAUUUUUUUUAAUCUGGGUUUCCAAGAUGGAUGCCUUGAACUACUCUUUCCAGAUGCCGGAGUGGAAAGGCCGGGUGAAGGAAGGAUGGGACUACGUGGUCAGACUCUACGACGCCGUUCAGGAUUAUAUCGUACCCCAGUACUACCAUGACAGAUCAAACAGAUCAGUACAGAUGCGUCUCUACACCUUGACAAAACGACACUUUGUGUUGGUCUUCGUUGCCUUCUUCACGGCAUUCACACUCUCAGUACUACUAGGAAUAGCAGGCCCGAGUAUAGCCAUGUAUGCAGAAAGGAGUACUACAAAACACUUGCCAGGCGGACCCUUUGAACUGAAGUCUCCACUUCUCAGCAGAUUCAAUCGUUCCCUGUGGCUCACAUCAGUGGUAGAGGUAGACAACGGUCAAGGUGAGAGCUUCCAAAAAAUCUUCAACGUUAGCAUUUACAUCCGAGGGUUGGCAGAAGAUGACAGCUUGGUACCCGUCAGCAACAUGUUCUUCAACCACACUAGAACGCUGUCGUGUAAAAAGGCGGAACUUUGUGAGGAAAUGCUACUGCUGCAUGUCAGCCCCAUACAGUACUCUUCCUACAUGAUCACAGUGCUCUUCCAAGGGCUGGAGAGGGCAAAGGUUACAGAGGUCAACUUUACUUUCCGCACAUACAAUCCUGCCUUUUGCGAGAUGGAGAUCUGGUUUCGGUUUGUGUUCCUAGUCCUGUCCUUCAUAGUCACAUGUAUGUUUGCACACUCUUUGAGGAAGUUUUCCAUGCGUGACUGGUCCAUUGAGCAGAAAUGGCUGUCUGUGUUGCUUCCCUUUCUACUACUCUACAAUGAUCCGAUCUUCCCCCUGAAUUUCUUGGUGGACUCCUGGGUGACCAUCAUCUUAGACAACAUCUUCCAGACCACGUUCCUGUCUGCCCUCCUCCUGUUCUGGCUCUGUGCCUACCACGGCAUCAGAAAGGAUUAUGCAGUUAGCCCCUUUCGCUUUUGGAAAUUUAUGAGCGACAGGAAGUGGAUGUAUUUCUACCUACCCAAGCUGGUCCUUGUCGGAAUCAUCUGGGUGGCAGCUGUGGUCCUGGCUUGCUGGUCUCAGUACCGAUCCCUCUUUGACCCUACCUUCAACUACAAAGUGGACGGCGGAAACUUCUUGGGCCUUGUCAUUUUCUUCUUAGUGGUCGGCAGUCUGUACCUACUCUACUUAGUGUUCCUCAUCAUCCGAGCCUUCACAGAGCUCAAAUCGCUCCCUUACAUGAAUCUGCGGCUAAGGUUCAUGACAGUCCUCAUGCUGUUCGUUGUGGCUGUUUGUGUUGCGGUCGUGAUCAUGAGGUUUGGCAUCGGGAUUCUGCAAAACAACUUCAUCUCUGAGCUGUCCACAUACUACAAGAAUUCAGCUGAAUUUUUGGCCUUCUACAGUCUUCUCAACUGUUACCUGUACGCCAUGGCCUUUGUUUAUUCACCUUCCAAGAAUGCACACAAAGAUUCGUACUUCAAAGAUAACCCAACGUUUUCGAUGCUAAAUGAGUCAGAAGAUGAGCUCAUUUAUGGUUCUGACAGUGAUGACAAUGCGGUAACAAGGCCUCUCCAAAAUGGCACCUCGUAUCAGGAGAGCGAAGACGAGUAGUCGCCGUGGAAACUACCCAUGACCUUUGACCUUUGAGGGCUUCCAAGGGUGAGAUACUCUAGCUAAGUACACUGGUGUUGCCUGUGAACCAGUGUCUAACCAUUUCACAGAACAGAACUAAAAAGCUGGUACGCGGCACUGUGUAAUAAGCGUUAUGCCAGAAGGACGUUACAAAAAACAAUCUUUUGAAAAUACAAAAAUAAGUAUAUAAACAGUAAGCGCCCUCUCCAGGGAAAGCUUGCGUACACCGGCUUCUUUUGUGGAAAGAAUGUUCCAACCUGACGCUAAUUCAACCGUUGUGUACAGAGUCUAUGGAGAGUAUUUCCUAACAAAACUGGAAAUGUUUCUCAGUUCCGGAUUCAUAUCUUAUCAUCAUUUUUUGCAAUUACUGACCUUCAUUGAGAUGAUAUAGGAAGGAAAAAAGCAGCGUCAGGUUGCAACAUUCUUCCUCUUUUGUUGAUGCAUCGUUUAUUUUUGGUUUUGACGGUUAUUUAAACUUAAGUGAUAAAUACGGUAGUGGUGCACCCUCAUAAUCACAAGGUUAUGUACAAUGUACAUUUACUGUAAUAUUUGCAUGCCAGUUGUUUUCUUUUAGUUGACAACAUAAGUCAUCGUGCUAAUAUGGGUUUGUUUGUGACUAUUUUAACGGGUGAGUGGUUUGUGUUCAUAAUGUCUAUGUAAAUUAUUCCUGCUUGGUUGUUGCAAUGACAAAUACAGACGUGAUUGAAUAAUGUGCAAUAAUAGGUUUUUCUUCCUAACCCUUGUUGCUAUGGAUCAGCCAAUCAGCAUCCAGGGUUUAAUUGAUUCCAUUGAAAGAUAAUUUAACCCUAACUCCCUAGCAUAAUUUACUAGGAACCAUACCCAUCCUGGCAAAUUCCAACACCCACAUGGGAACUCGUACACACACACUGUUGGCCUCAGUUUCUGGAGGUAUACCAAACCCAUUGUAAAAGACCAUCAGUUUAGGGGUACUGUACCCAUUCUAACAGAUUUCAACAACACCUGCUGUUGGGCUUUGAUGGGUUAAGUUCGGUUAGGGUUAAUGAAAGACAGCAUUUUUUUUCUGCGAUUGUAGUUUGUAGGAAACAGGGUAUGGUAAAUUUGGAAAAGGAGCUUUUUUUUUCUGAGGCAGUUUUUUUCAAGAGCGCAAAAUAUCAUUGAAGUAAUUUAUUUGCAUGCUGUCUAUAUCAAGUAUCCAAUUCAACGGAAACUGGACUCAUUCAGUUAGAGGUGACACCAAAAAGUUAAUUGUCUUUCUUUCUAAAAUUAGUUCUGCACAAUGUUGUGGAAGUGAACAUUCAUACUUUCUGUAAUUUGAAGUGAAGUGAGCCCUCUUGUGGCUGACUUAAUUCAGUCUGUUGUAAGUGAAAUAUUUAUUUGUUGUAUGUGGGAGCCCUCUGUUGUUUGUAUCUAUUGAUUUUUACCGGAUUACGUGCACAAUGAGCAAAUUGCAUUUACAUAAAUUACUCUGUUAAUUUUACAAUUCAUUGGCUUAGAAGGUCCUUAUGAAACGUUGCUCGCGGUAGUCCUGUUUUGACAAAAGUUUGUUUUUAAAACCCAUUACAGGCAAGGGAAUUGUUAAGAAUCCUAGUAUGUGUUAAGCCUGGUUCAUACUUCCUGCGAUUGCGAAUGCAAAGCGAAUUGGACGUCAUGAAACAUUCGCUGCGAAAUUCGCCCGAGUUGGAAUAUGUUCAAUUUUUAUGAAAUCGCAGUGCGAAUACAUGCCAUGACGUCACCAAUUCGCGUUCGCUUUUGCUUAUGCAGUUGAAGAAGUUUAAAAACAAAGAUCUAGUUUAGCAAUUGGCUUGAAAUUAUACCUUUGUUUUUUAAAACUCUGUUAAAUCAACUUAAGGGGCACGCCUUUUCCGGAAUAUUUUGCAGUUUUAAUCCUUAGUAUCCUGAAUCCAUCAAGGUUUUACACUAUUUCGAUGGAUUCCGUAGGUAAGUCCAAUGGUGGCUUAAUUUUGUUUUUGUACAAAACAUGUGUCACUUGGGCUAUUCCUCAGUCAUGAAUUGUGCAGAUUCACAAAUAUCCGUGUCAAGCACCAUUUCACAGUAAGCUUUAACUGUACUACAGUCGACACUUGUUAAUACAAACACGUUCGGACCUAGCCAAAUUGUUUGUUAUAUCAGAAUUUUGCAUUAAGAGGAUCAUCAGUCCCAUUCAUUGUGCACAUAAAUGCACAGUCCGGACCAAGGCUUUGUGUUUGCUAUAACCAGAAUUUGUACUAACAGUGUUUACACUAACGAGAGUCAACUGUAUAUGUGUCACAAUAUUAUCUACUUGAAGAGCACCGUAUUCAAAAGUAAAUAUAUCAGAAAGUAAAUAAUUCAGUAACAGUAAAUAAUCCAGAACUUAACUUUCUUGUUAGCAUUUAAUCUGCAUAGCCAAUAAGUUUCACAAAGUUAGCCCCAUAUUUAACAUAUGACCAUUUUCAAAUUGAGCGCAUAACACACAAAAAUGACACAGUGAAAGUGAGCUGUUAAAUCUUUCAUAGCCUGAUAAAAAGUCAGAUAUUGUUUUGAUUUCAAAUUUUAAUUGAUUCACACACAUUACCUCUGUUACUUCUUUUUUGGAAGCAAAUGCCAACACAUUACCCAUCAAAUGUGGAGAGUUGUGGAUUUGUUUUUUAUUUUAGCGUAGUUUUAUUUCAAUAAUCUCAUAUUCUUUUGUUGAUUCAUAGGUUCGUAGCAAUAACACCAUCCACUGAUGCAAUAAUGUAUAUGAAGUAUAGUAAAUGACUGUGCAAAAGAAAACACCGUAUCGAGUUUAAUUUUGCAUUUGUAAGACGACAUAGUUGUGAUCAUACUUAGCGACCCAAAUCAGGUUUCAUAAAUGUGUUAAGCGCAGAAGGUUGUUUCGUGAAGAAAAGGUGUGCAUAGCCAAUACGUAAACUUGCAGUAUCUCUGCUAGAAACUUCACUCAGCAAGUUGAUUAGCUGGACGCUUCUGCUGAGAUCAGUUUUGGCCUGACAUAUGAAAGUACGUUUCCCAGCACAAUUUAUGCUUUAGAGAAAUCGGUGGAGAACAGAAACCACUCAAAAACCAUAUUUUUGAUUCGAACUGUAUUCGCUAAGCAGAACCUGUCUGUGUUCAGCCAAUAGACCAUUACCAUGUAGCGGCCAUCUUGAUUUUGUUCCCAUUCAAAUCAAUGUUACCAAAGCGAGGCUGGAAGGAAAUAUAGUCUGAUUCCUUUUUUGCCAAGAAAACAUCAUUCAGUUAUUGGAUGCAGGGAACAUGACUAAAAUGGUGGCAGCAUGAUAAAGGUCUAUUUUCAUACUUUGUGGCAAUGGUGAAUUUUCCCCUUGUUCGUGCCUCAGAAAUUAUAAGCAACUUCCGGUGAAAUUGUAACAUUCCGUGUUAACAAGGUGUACGGUAAUGUAUAUGUGUGGAAUUGUAAUGCUUAUUGGUACACUGGUUAUGGACUAUUAUUUUUAUUUAACACGGGGAAGAGUAAAUUUCAUUAAAAAAUGUAUUGUUUGGAUUCAAAGUAUUGAGUACCGGUACACCCUGCUUUAUACAAUAAUUCACUGAAAGAAAAACUAAUUUUGACAUGUUUAGGUAUUUUUUUUUUCAAUUCACGUUAUUGAAGCAGAGCCUUUAAUAAAGAUUAUAUUUACCCGUAGUAAAUAAAUACAACACUAAUAUUUAAGUUUUCUUUUCUGUAUGCAAAAUACGGUAAUUUUCAGACAUUGUUUAAAUAAGUAAUUGUUUAUAUGAGUGAUUUCCAAUCAAAAUGAUAAACAUGUGAGUACAUUUUACGUGUUGAUUGUUUUACUUAUUUUUUGGUCACAUUUUGUUUCAAUUUGAAAAGGAGAAUAUGUCUUAUCGAACUGAAAUUACUACAUCAAAGGGAAGAGGUAAAUUUGUUUCGGUAAUUCUAUCGCACCCUCUCUUUAAAAUUGACUUUAAUCAAUGUGUAAUUGAAAUGAGUUUUAUUGUAAUCCAUCAUGAUAGCGUUUUUUCGGGGGUUCAUUGAUCGGUUACAUUAUAAAGAUAAUACUUUUUGACUAUUGACACAUGAUUUGAUUUUUUUUCACCAUUCUGAUAAUGACUUGUAAAUAUGACGUACCUACGACUAUGAAAUAUUCACGUGUAUAUAAGAGUGAUGGUAUUCAAAUGUACUAAUUAUUUGUAUAAUUUUGGAAAUUAUUUAAAUCAAAAAGUAAUUUAAGUUUUACUUGUGUAGAUACUGUUGGUGAGCGUUUGAAAAAGAAAAGGUUUCUGUUCAUUUUUGGUUCGGUUCAUAGGGUAAUAGGUAAUGCUAACUUGGAGGGUUACGUUAUUGGUUUAUAGUUUGUACUGAAUUAGUUUAAUAAAAAAAAUAGUAUUGAGUUUAAACCGU